UCGCGCAAAAGCUUCCUACCGGAAACAGGUGCGCUUGGGUCCUCAUAACACGUACUUCUAGUCCAGUGCAAAUGUAAUAAUUCUUUGGUAUCUCACCGUAUGUGUAUUGACUUUGUUAUCAUUGAUGCAGGAACGUGCAAUAAGCGAAGAUGGAUGAAGGCCAAGAUAAGAAAGAAUAUAUAGAAGAAGACGAUGUAGGAGGAGAUCUUGGCCUCGGCGAAGGUUUUUGUUCUGGUAACGUUUCCUCCGAGUCUGGAUCAGGCGAAGAUAAACCAGCGACAAGUGCAUUCGUUGAGUCGCUCACAAGAGCAUACUCUGAUCCCGGAGACCAAUCACUGAACACUCCUAUUAAAACAAAGAUAUCAGAAAGAAUUCCAAACUUCUUCAGUCGCGAAAAGUCCGAACAGCUGCUAAAGCCACAAGUUGGAAAGGGAGCUGAAGAAAGUUUCCCUAAAUUUGGUGACGUUCCAAUGGGAACUUCUCUGAAACAACACAGGCAGCUGUGUCAACAGAAUCUAAAGGAAAUCUACGAUAAAAAUGCGAGCAUGAAUUACACAACUGGAAGGAAGCAGAAAAAUGUACAAGAUGAGGAACCAUCAAAGGACCAAAUUGAAAGAAAGUUGACAAUUGCCCUAGAGGAUGUUGAUCAACUGAAACAGGAGCUUGAAACUUGCCAAAGGAAACUUAAUGCUAAACAAGAAGCAAUAAAAAUUCUUCAGAAGCAGGUAGAACAAGAUCAGGGUGAUUCUAAGGCCUUAGAAAAGAAAUCAAAAGAAUUGUAUCAUGAUUUAGAAAAGCCUCCACAUGCUGUUGGUGAUAGGGCUAAGGUGGAGAAGGUGCACUCUCUCUCUCAGCCUAAAGCACAACCACUUGUUAGGAAAAAGAGAGAGGAAGAUCUACAGACAAAGUGUGAUAGGGUGUGCCAAGAAAAUUCAUGUCUCCUAGCCUGCUUAGAUAGAAAAGCAGAAGAAAUACGGAAAUUACAAGCUGAAAAAAUGGGUCUGAGUCGUCAAAGAGAUGAACUUCUGGCACUAAUGGAUGUGAAAGAACGCAACAAAUAUGAAAGUAUCCAUGCUCAAGCGGAAGAGAAAUACAAUGACUAUUCAACUGAUGAGCUAUCAAUAUUGGGAGCAUGUCAUUGCCGAGUCAGCAAUCCAGAGCCUUGUGGUUGUGCCCAUGCUGCCGCCAAUCUUAAUAAGGAACUAGUAAGAUUAAAAGAGGAGGUUGAUACACACAAACAGAGGCGCGAUGAGGCUUACAAUACAGUAGAAGCUUACCGUGUGGCAUUUGAAGAACAGCUGAACCGAAACAAACUGUUGACUAAUCAAAUCACGGAACUGGCUACUAUGCCACCACAGCAGCAGAAAAUUAAAGUGAAAAAUGUGAUCAAGUGGAUAGCUGGCCAGUUAACUGAAGAAAACCUGCCACCCCCAUCCAGUAUGCUACCACAAGAGCAGGCUCCCCCUACUACAAUAACAAUCUCAGGAAAAGGAGUGAACAUCAACUGCUCUAGUGAACAGGAGCUCAUUCAGUCACUAUUGGAUAUGCUUAAUGACAAAAGUAAUGCCUUGGCUCAUCAAAAACUUGCAGCACAGAUGUUGGCCAGUAAAACUCAGGAGUUGGAGAGACAGUUAAGAGAGACCAAUUUGUCCCUUGUCCCUGUCCCACCUGUCACUGCAGAAGAACCCACAUCAACAACAGCAGAAUUGGCAGCAGAUAAUGAAAACAUAGAUAAAUAUUCCCAAUCAUCAGUUAAAGAGAUUCAUGCUGAUAAACAUUUGGGGGGAAAAGCAGAAUUAGGUACAAAGUUAGACAUGGCCGCAGAAAAAAUAUCAGAAGAAACUGAAACGAAGAAUAUAUGUACUGAUGAUGUAUUGGAUUAUGAAACUUGCUUGUGACUGGUUCUCAGUUGAUGAUUAUUUGGAAAAUAUCUUUCACUUCUGCUUCUUAAGUAAUGCUUUAAAAAUAUUUUCCUGAAAUGUGCUUUAUGUUUGGAGAUGACAUAUUAUGUUUAAACACAUUAAUGGCUUUGGAUUCCCUAUCCAGUGCAAUUUGAUGUCUAGUCUUGCCAAAAUCAGACCUUUGACCCAAGUGGGUUUAUGCAUGCUGAACAUAUUGAUAGCAUUUUAAACAUGCACAUAUUUGGGCUAGGUCCCCCAAUACAAUGUAUACAGAAAUAUGCAGAUCAGAUAACUACUAAGAAAAAGCUUGUUGUUUAUUAAUGUCACCUAAUUCUCAACAAAAGAUUCUGGGUCCAGUUUCACAAUAAAUCUACAGAUUUUGGGCCAAGUCUAGACUGCUAAAAUUGGAUGUGAUGGGCAACUGUGUAAAGUCAAGUUUGCGACAUAGGUCAAAGAGCUGUUAGACUGCUAAAUGAUAGUUAUCAUCAGAUAGCAACAUAAAUUACAAUGGUUAGAAAAAAUCUGUGAUAAGCCGGAACAUGACAAAAUUAAAGUUGUUUUUGACUGCUUGUUACAGAUUUCUAUCAUGGCUGGGUGAUAUAAACUUUUAUUACAUGAUCACCGUUGUAAGAACACCAUUAUAACUUUAUUGAGCACUAAAUUGUUUGCCAGUUGCAUUUUACAGGCUCUCUAAACACAAACUUUACAUACAUGUAUAUUACAUAGACAAGUAAACAUAAUGAAACACUCAAUGGUAAAUAUCUGGAGAAGUCUUGAGGCAUUGAAGGUCCAUCCCCUGACAGGAUGUGAAGCCAUUUCAUAACAAUGUUGAAAUUCACAAUAUUAUUUAUAUACUAUUUAUUGUUAAUGCUAUUGAAAGUAUAAUAACAUAACCAGAGGCAAUGUGUAAAUGCAACCUUACACUUACUGAGUGUCAUCGAGCUUCAGUUUAAAAUGUUAUUUAUUCAGAAAUUAUUCAUUUUUUUAUUUGGAGUAUUUGUACUUAAAUGAAAUAUUUAACAUUGACAUUCUUUGUAAAGAACUACAUAUAGGUCAGAGCUUUUACUGACAGCAGACAAUCAAUGGGUUGUUAUAGAACUCCAGUUUAGGGUAAAAUGUCAGCAGUAUUCAGAAUUAUUAUGGGUAGUCAUUAUUUAAAUUUCAGGAAAAGUUCCAGCAAAUUGGGAUGUGGAGACACAGAUUGGUAUUAUCUCUGAUUAAUAUAAUCAGUGAUAAUAUGUACAUCAGAUUGCUUUGAUAUCAUUUCAUGUAGAUUAAUAGCCUUAAUUAUGCAGACCCAAAACUAGAACAUGUGGAAUUUUUCUUUCUCUUGCACCUACUGUGUUAAAGAAUACAUCAUUACGUUGAUAAGAACAAAAUCUAUCAACUACGGUGUUUGAUGUUGACUGUAACAAAUGUCUUCCAGUAAUAAGUUAUUAUUCAGCUAAAAUCAGUGCAUUAUUAUAUUACAAAGAAACUAUAAUUUAAAUAUAUAUAUUGCCUAUUUUUGUUCUGUUGAAUAGAUGCAGUUGGUUCACUAAAAGAUGGGAGUUAUUCCCAAAGUAAAAUAGCAGUUCAAAUUUUGCAUCAUUGCUUUUCUUCCAUCCUUAUGUCUGAAUUUCUGCAAAUGCCGUACAGGUCAAAGUGAUGCUGCCUCCUGAGUAUGUACUGCUAGUGCCACUCAUCAAAGGGAUAAAUCUCAUCAUAGGGCUAUCAUGAUUACAUAAUGAAGG